UCCAGGGGAGAAGGUUGAGCGUUAGAGUGUCCAUGGCAACCCGACGCUUCAGCCUUCUGGAAGUUUACAAUCUAUAGCUUGGAAGGAUGCCUCUGGAGGUGGUGGUGGAACUCCAAAUCCGGGCGAUUUCUUGCCCGGGAGUGUUCCUGCCGUACAAGGAAGGUGUGUACCUUGGAGUCUACCUCCUGAAUCAGUACCUGGAGACACACUGCUUUCCUUCUGUGUUCCCUAUUGCGAUUCAACAGAACAUGAUAUUUGAAAAGGUAUUUGAAAAUGCAAUAGAUCCCGGAGCUGUUGCAGAAAUUUUAGAAAGCUUCCUAACCAGGUUUGAAUUGAUACAGCUAGUGUCUCCAGCAUGGGAAGAGCUGGCCUACUAUGAAGAAAAUACACGAGAUUUUCUGUUCCCUGAGCCCAAGCUGACAUCUUCACACCUUGGCAUGCAUAGGGAGGUGCUUAUGAAGACAGCAAGAGGUUUUCCAGGCAUUGCUCCCAAACUAGAGUUUUCUACAAGGACAGCCAUCCGAGAAUGUGUGUUCCCACACAGAAACAGAUUUUCUGAGGAGAACUGUAAAUCCCAAAAGCCUUUAUCGAAACCACAUGGACAGAGAACUCCCACAAAUAACAGAAAAACGAAGCUGAAGGAGAAGAGUCCUGACCGACUUCCCAAAGGCACACAGACCCGGGUCCCCUCCCCGUUUUCCCCUAGACGUCUCACCCAGCACCAGCCGACUCCGCAGAACCUCGGAAAAAGCUUCAGGCUCCCUGGAGCCAAAAAGCCUCCGUUUGUGGUUAGACAUGUGGACAGUGAAAACCCCUUUGGUGAAAGCAAUUUGGAACAUCACUUACAGAAGUCCAAAAGGAAAUCGAAGUUUUUAGACUUCGCUUUUCCAAUGAGAAGAGCAUCUUCUCUUGAAAGCCUUGAAGCAAACGUAAAGGUCACCAGAGAGCCUGACGAGCGCAUUCUCUUAAGGAGUCAGACACCACCACCAUUAGAUCCGAGGAAGUCCGGACAACCCUCGCCCAUUCACCGAGGGGAUGCAGAGCUCCCGCUGGAAACUUCGCUUUCUACCUCCCAGCAUUCCAGGUCUCCCAGCACCCUGGAUGAGCCUCUCCUGGGAGAAAGGUUCCAACCUCGCUCCCAGUCUACGUGGAAGAAGUUCCAUGAGAGGGUGUGCAGCCUCCUGACAUCCCACAGAGCUCACUCGAAGGAAGAUUUUAUCCCUGAAACAAAUUGUAUCCGUGAAAGACCAAGCUACCCCCUGAAGAAACUCCCACUGCAUGGGCAGAGAUAUUUUUAA